CUGUCGAGACCAGAGGCAGUUGAACAAAUCAGGACCCCGCAUUCCCUCGUGGGGUGAUCCAAAUAACUAUCUGGCGCGCUUAGUUUGCUGUAUGUGUUUGUUUACCCGCACCGGAAGGUCGCAAGAACCCGAGUUGGUGCAUUUCAACGUCCAUCCAACUUCAAAGUGAUCUUGGUGUGAGAAUAGAUGGCAUGGCUGGACAAGGAAUCAAGAAGACUACCCGCAGUCGUGGAGCAUGCUCGGCCUGCAGAGCACGAAAGCAUCAGUGCAGUGGAGAGCAACCCAAAUGCGCACAAUGUGGCAUCAAUAACGUGACAUGCCAAUGGCCGCAACAACAGAAACGUGGUCCACCGAAAUACUAUAUCGUAACGAUGGAGAAGCGCUUGAUGCAGACCGAGAGGGCUCUCUGCGCCUUGAUGACCCAAGUGUCAGACGACCAGCUGUUCUCCGCAUUCUCUCAACUUGACCAAAGCGAUUGCCAACCAGAUCCCUCUGCAGCGGCACAGUCCAACGGCAAUGUACUUGAUUCAGUCAAAACUUACCACUCUGGGCCCGUUUACUGGGGGAACUACCCGCUCAAUUCCGCGCAAGACGUCAAGCGUUGGUUCCAAGCCCGGGCAUCGGGAGCCACCAACAUUACCGGAAGCCAACGACCUCAGUCCAUCGAAAUUGAUCUGGAAGACAGCGGCGCUAUCCAAAGUGACACCGAUACGAGUCACCGGAAUGAUUUGGAAGAGGCAGAUGGCACUGUUGGUAUAGUCAGUAUCGGAGCGGGCCAAGAUGGAACAAAGGGUCGCCAAACUACCUCGAGAGGACCGGGCGAGAACACUGGACAAGAAGAUACAGCGAGUGCAACGACAAAGCUUAGUCUUGUAAGGCAAAACUUGAUGGUUGGCGUUGCUAACAACUUCAACGCAAGCUCAGCACCCACGCGCAUUGUUCCAGGACCGGAAGAUCACGAGAGCUACGAAAGCGCGUUUCUUUGGUAGCAGAAAGCCUCGAAUGGCCGAGGCUAACUCAUUGUUUGGACACUUCAGCAUGAUGUUCGUGUUCAAACAGGAACCAUCGAGCCCUGGUUUGAGCACCCACGCAUGCCACUGUCGGUGCUUUGUCGCUUCCAUAUGGUGCAGCGUUCACUUAUCCCACGGAGAGUCCAGCCGUUCAUAUCUAGUUGUUUUGACCUGCUCCCCAACGUCGCUUAACCCUGGAUGGUGAUCCGGUGCCGCACAUCAGGCCAAACCCGUAGUCGGCGGAGUAUUCUUUCCCCGCAACACCCUCCCCCAUCCC